AUGAUGGCAGAGGUAACACCGGUGGUGGUAGAGGUAACACCGGUGGUUGGACCGGAACCAAUGGUAGUGGAAGUGCUACUGGUGGUCAUUGGCGCAACAAUGAAGGGUGUGGAAGAGGAAGGAAAUGUGACUAGAGUGGCCGGGAAGGGCGUGGAUGAGGGCAUGGGAACGAGAGGUGGCUUAGGUAAUGGAAGGGGUGAUAACAACCACAAUAGAGGCGACUCAAGAAACAAUACCUCUUACCGACAUGAUAAUGGGAUGGCAACCGUUAAUAAUGGUGGUGGAAAUUUGGGUUACGGCUUCAUGAAAAUGUCUCCAUGGUUAAAGCCGGCACAACCUUACGAAUUUGAUAGAAAUUUGAUGUAA